CUGAAAGUCUCAGCCAUGCUGCAUUGGCUUAUAAUAUUGCUUGUCGGCCAAGUUAGCCAAUCGAUGGCUGAACUGAAGCGGAUUGAAAUUAGGCCAAGAAAUCUAACCCACAAUCUGCAGUCGGAGAUUCUGCUGCUAAAGGCCAAAUAUUUGAGCUCGGCGGACGAGUCCGUGGAGGCCAAGGAAAUCCUGGUGAAUGCCGCGAAUUUCGCCUAUUAUGGUGAGAUUAGUAUUGGAACACCGCCGCAGAACUUUUCGGUUCUCUUCGACACAGGAUCGUCCAACACCUGGGUGCCUAGUUCCCUGUGUCCUGCCUCAGAUGUUGCCUGCCAAAGCCACAACCAGUACAAAUCCAGUGCAUCCAGCACUUAUGUUCCAGUUGGCACCAAUAUCUCCAUCGUCUAUGGAACUGGGAGUAUGGAGGGAUUCCUUUCGAACGAUACUGUGCGGAUCGCAGGACUAAACGUAACCAAUCAGACGUUUGCCGAGGCCACCGCCGAGCCAGAUGGCUUUUUUGAUUCUCAGCCAUUUGAUGGAAUUCUGGGAUUGGGCUUCAAUACCCUCUCUAAUGGCAUUAACACACCCGUGGACAAUAUGAUCGCCCAGGGCCUGCUGGACAAGCCAGAGUUCUCCGUCUACCUGAGGCGCAAUGGCAGCUCACUUAUUGGCGGCGAAAUCAUCUGGGGCGGCACUGAUCCAUCCAUUUACCAUGGAAGUAUCACCUAUGUCCCAGUUUCCGUACCACAGUAUUGGCAGUUUACCGUGGACACGGGCACAAUCAAUGGUCAGAUCCUGUGUCGAGGCUGCCAGGCCAUAGCCGACACUGGCACCUCCCUAAUAAUAGUCCCCAAAAGGGCCUUCACUGCGAUAAAUAAGCAGCUGAAUGCCACUGAUAAUGGCGAUGGAACGGCAUCUAUUCCCUGCUGGGAAAUCUGCAAGCUUCCCACUCUGUACCUCAACAUUGGAGGCACAAGAUUCUCGUUGGCUCCGAAGGACUAUAUCAUCAAAAUUGUGGGUGAAAAUGGUAGUUCCCAGUGCUUGUCGGGAUUCGAGUAUCUGGAAGGAAAUCUACUUUGGAUUCUUGGCGACGUCUUCAUCGGCAAGUACUACACGGUUUUUGAUUUGGGCAACGAAAGGAUUGGUUUCGCCAAAGUGAGGUCCCAGAAAGCCAAAACAAAUCGAUACUACAAUGGCCAUAAGGAAAGCAGCGUCUAUGAAGAAGCUAGGGCAGAAUAUAGUGAUACCAUAGGAUACGAAAGAACUAGCGAAUAUGGAAGACAAUAUCGAAAUGAUAGGUAUGAACCACACAUUCUAGAUCGUUCGUAUCCAGAGCAGUAUGCUUACGCGGAUUAUUCGUUUACUUAAAUAAUAUUCUUAUACUUCACAGUAUUAAUAGUCUAAACUUUAGACAGUAAAGCAAUACAAAUUUAUUAUUAGAUUCAGUUGUUAAAAAAUCCAAUAGUAUCACUUAAAUAUUGUUUCAAUGCUGCAAAAAUACACAUUUGUUGUUAAAAAAAAAAUAAAA